AUGGACCCAUUGAAGUACAUUUUCCAGAGAGCGAUGCUGACCACAAAGUUUGCCAAAUGGCAGAUGCUUUUGAGUGAAUUUGAUAUUGUGUAUGUGACCCAUAAGGCGAUAAAAGAACAUGCCUUGGCUGAUCAUCUUGCAGAAAAUCCUGUCGGUGAAGAAUAUGAAUCGCUCAAGACUUAUUUUCAUGAUGAAGAAGUAUCAUUUAUGGGUGAAGAUAUUUCUGAAACAUAUCCUGACUGGAGAUUAUUCUUUGAUGGAGCGGAAAAUCACCAAGGAAAAGGUAUCGGAGCGGUCUUAGUGUCAGAAAUCGGUCAGCACUAUCCUAUGGUAGCUAAGCUCCAGUUUAAUUGCACAAACAACAUGGCUGAAUAUGAAGCUUGUAUCCUCGGUUUGAAGAUGGCCAUUGACAUGAAUGUUCAAGGAGAAUGGGUCGUGAAGAACCCAAAGAUCACGCCAUAUGUUGCAAUAUAUAUGCAGAAGUUGUGCAGAUUCCGUAAUAUUGAAUUCAGACAUACUCCCAGAACACAAAAUGAGUUGUCUGAUGCUCUUGCCACCAUUACCUCAAUGAUUAAGCAUUUAGAUAAUGAUAAUAUUGAUCCUCUAGAUAUAGAGCUGAAAGAACAUCCGGUCCAUUAUUCACAUGUUGAAGUAGAACUGGACGGUUUGCCAUGGUAUUUUGAUAUAAAGAAGUAUUUGGAGUCUGGGAUUUAUCCUGAGAGUGCGAAAUUUAAACAGAAGAAGUCGAUAUACCGUAUGGCCCUCAACUUUUUUCUAAGCGGAGAAAUCCUAAACAACUUGACUCUAGAUUUAGAUCUUCUCAAGUGUAUCGAUGGUGUUGAAGCUGCGAAGCUUAUUGAACAGAUACAUGCUGGAGUUUGUGGUAUGCACAUGAUUAGACUCACUUUGGCAAGGAAGAUCCUUCGAGCUGGUUAUUUCUGGAUGACUAUGGAGCACGAUUGCUGCAAGUUUGUGCAGAAAUGUCAUAAAGGUCAAGUGCAUGGUGAUUUAAUCCGAGUGCCGCCUCACGAACUCAAUGCUAUGAGUUCACCUUGGCUAUUUGUAGCUUGGGGCAUGGAUGCCAUUGGCCCAAUAGAGCCAGCCGCUUCUAAUGGACACAGAUUUAUUUUGGUUUCCAUUGACUACUUCACCAAGUGGGUGGAAAUGAAUGGAGCUGUAGAGGCCGCCAAUAAGAACAUCAAUAAGAUUUUGAGGAAAAUGAUUGACAACCACCGAGUGUAUGGAAAAGAGGCAGUUAUACCUGCUGAAGUUAAAAUACCAUCUUUGAGAAUCAUCAAAGAAGCUGAAUUGAGUAACACCGAAUGGGUCGGCAAGGGGAUUGAUCAAUUGACAUUGAUUGACGAGAAGAGAAUGGUUGUCGUUUGUCAUGGCCAGCUAUAUCCACAGAGAAUGAUUCGUGCUUUCACAAGAGAGUCAGAGCCAGAAUUUUUGAAAUCGGUUUAUAGGUUUACUCUGAAAUCAACAAAAAAAUUUCCGUGA